AUGAAUUCAUCGUUAGAGUUAUUCCGAUCUAACAGAAGGACGAUUUUCCUUGAUCUAGACGAAACCCUUAUCCAUUCUAAACCAGAUCUACCGAAUCAUAAAUACGAUUUCAUAGUCCGACCUGUAAUCGACGGGAUAAAAAUGGAAUUCUACGUGGCGAAACGUCCGUUCGUGGACGAAUUUCUUGAAACUUUGAGUGAGAAAUUCGAGUUGGUGAUAUUUACGGCGGGGGUUGAAGAAUAUGCGUCGUUGGUAAUCGAGAUGUUGGAUAGGAAGGGGACGAUUACGCAUCGGUUGUAUCGCGAUUCGUGCCGGUUAAUCGAGGGGAAGUAUGUUAAGGAUUUGGAGAGUUUUGGGAGGGAUUUGAGUAGAUCGGUUAUUGUUGAUGAUAACUUAAAUUCGUAUUGUUUUCAACCGGAAAAUGGGAUUCCGAUUGCGCCUUUCACCGGUGGUGAAGUUGGAGAUGGGGAAUUGUUGAGGUUGAUUGAUUUCUUUAAUAAUAGAGUUGAGUGUUAUGUGGAUAUGAGAGAUGCUGUGAAGUUGUAUUUGCAUAAUAGAGAGAGAUGAGAAGAAUACUAUUUU